AUGGCUGCUUCUCCGCCCGAUCUGUCGCAGCCCGCUGCAGCCAUUUUCGACAUAUACAACGAUGCGACUGCACACAACCCACGAGCUUUACCCGCCGGCGGUUGCAACUAUGUCGAUCUAACACCCGGUGCCACGGGUGCCCAGUGCGGUUGUCGCCGCUUCUGGACCCGCCUGAUGCCCGGCAGUCCAAUUUCUGAUCAGGCGGGCUGGUGCAUGUGUAACCAUCAUGCCUGUUACCAUGACCAUGGACCUCGCGACGCACCACCGUCGGAUCCGAAUCCACCCGCCGGACAGGAAAACGAGAAACCCAAGACCGACCGCGAGCCCCUGAGCCCGAUGUUGGAUAUUUCUCUCAUAACACCACCCGCUCUGCCCGGCAUUGACCUCCCCAGCUUUGGCACCGCAGCCCCCCUUUCCUUCGUCCACGACUUGCCGGCGGAGGACGACAUCCGAGCCAUACCCAGUGCCACCCAGUGCCCUCCCGGAUCCAUGCCCGAUACCUUGGCUUGGGGCGACUUUCUCCAUUGUCCCGUCUCCGCAAACACGAACCCGUUGCCCCCUAUUCCGUCCCAGUGUCUGAUGGCGUCGCAAACCGCUUCCACCACCUCGUCGGUCCAGACGAGGUACCUGCGACCCUUUGCCGGGAAAGGUCUCAAUACACUGAGUGGUGCCGGUCCAUCGAAGCCGCCAACUCCAUCGCCACAGCCCAGUCAACAACUCGUGGCGACCCGGCAGCAAUUGGGUUACCGAACCGACCGGGCCGCAUUCGUGAACCCCGAACAUCAUGACGCGACGGCCUCGAGGCCGCAAGAAUCCACCCAGACGGAACCUUCAACCGCCCCUGCCUCGGGCGGCGUGGCUCCGCAUGCCAUGGCUGAGCUCGCGGACGUUGUCAGCGACCACGGACGUCGUCUGGACAGGGUGGAGAACACGUCCUUCCACGAGGACUGUCAUGAUAGGUUCGAUAACCUGGACGUACGAAUGGCCGAGUUGGAGACGAGGGUCGAUGAAGUCGAGAAGCUCGCGGCCAACGACAACGCCAGCCUGGCCAACAUGCGCGUCGUCCGAGACGACGAUGCUGCCACGCAAAGCAUCGCCUCUGCCGCGACGAGCGUGGCAAGUCGUGCCGCGCAUUCCCAGGAUUUCAUGACUCACAUCCACUCUCUCCAAGCCCAGGUUUCUCAGCUGCAAUCGUACCUGCCCUCCCUCGGCCAUGCCUGGGAGAUCGAGGUCGUCUUCCUGCCCUUCCCCCUGAAGAGACUCUGGCAGGAGGUUGGCGAGUUCAAGACGGCGGAUGCCGCCGCCUGCGUCGACGAUUGGACACAGCUGCCCAUGACCCACAGCGGUGCAACAGGACGCUCGCAGUCGCCGUUCUACAACGAAUGGGCCGCUGCCGAGCAGGACGUCGAUUGGCUGCUGCCCCGGGCGUGCGGUGACGCAAGCAUCACGGAUCGGCGGUUGCGGAGCAGAGGCUUGAUUCAAUCAGUCGCCGUCAAGGCCCCGGAUUACCGAAGCGUCCAAUCUGCCGUCAACCUGGCCUUUGCCGCCGCCUUUCGCGAAAUGCAGAUGGGCCCUCGAGCGCACUCGUCCGACCCACGAUUCGCCAAAUUCGUGGGGCUGCAGCAGUCAUGGGUGCCCCUUCGCAAGAUUCACAAAGACUCCCGGCUCCGCUUCUUGAGCGCUUACGAGAUGAUGAAUCCGAGCCUAUGGGACGUGCAAUUCCUCAACUCCGUCAUGAUGAGAUCCUCGCAGCCGAGGCUCUUCAUCACCCACCCCGACGCAUACCUGCAGGACCGCCACGCGUACGAGACUGGCUGGAGCUGGCAACGAGUGCGAGAGAUGAGUCGCGUUUACCCAGAUGUACCCGAGUCGCAGGAGGUGCCCGAGGCCGAUGCCCUGGAGGAACACUGGUCGUGGACCGAGCAGCUGGAUGACGUGCCGAGCCCGCCAUUGUCCAUGGGCAUGCGCCGCGGAGGGCACCGCGUGUCCAUGUCGCCGUUGAUCGUUCCCGGCCACGACGGUAGGCUGUGGCGAAGGUCAACAAGCCCGGCCGUUUGGCGGGCCCAGUCCCCCGUGCUGACCACUCGAAGACCGUCCUUGCCACCACACAUCCGAACAGUCUCGGUCCUCGAUUCGGCACAUGCCCGCAGCUCGCCCAUGGUGGAUGGACGUCGAGUGAUGUCGUAUGGCAAGACUAGACGCUCCACACCAAGCGCGAGAGCCAUGUCACAAGCAGGCGUCACCAAGAAACGACCGCGUUCGCCUAACCACCUGCGCUUCACACCGAGAAGAACCGCCUCACCAAGCCCGCUGCCCCCUGGUUUGCGACGAGGCGAGACGCCAUGCGCCUACGCCACGCCGUACAGCAACGUGCCGCUGCAGGAAAUUCGACCGCUGCGCAGCACCAGUGUGGCGCGCACCGCGACGGAGUAUGCUACCGAUCUGGACUACAUGCUCACCGACAUCAACAUAUACGAGAAUGCAUCCGACGAUGAGUCAUACGUCGACAGGGACGAGGAUGAGAGCGUCACGAGCGAGGAGAUGACAACUCAUGCUCAACCUGCGCGUGACUCACAGCCAUGGCAGCUGCCUGAGGACGAACCGUGGCCUGGCAUCGAGGACCAAGAAGGCCUGUCCGACGGGGAGAACAUUGACCCGCAGCAGCAGCAGCAACAUGACGACAGGCGAAGCGAUGCCAGCAGCCAACCAUCCGAAUAUCCAAGCACGAAUCGCGCAGCACCUCAUCAUGGCGGUGCCGAUUUCCGCAUUCACGAGGACGAAUAA